CAAUUACAUUUUACAUCUGAAUUCUUGUUAGGCUGGAUUUGGUUAUCAGCAGCAGCUCGUUCCUGGAAUGCGUCCUGGUGGAUCGCCCAUGCCCAACUUCUUUGUGCCACUAGUCCAACAGGGUCAGCAAGGUCAAAGGCCUGGUGGCAGACGAGGUGCUGGUCCUGUGCAACAGACGCAGCAACCCAUGACACUGAUGCAGCAGCAGAUUGUUCCAAGGGGACGGAUGUAUCGAUAUCCUCCUGGUCGUAAUAUGCAAGAUGUACCCAUAUCUGGUACUGCUGGAAGCAUGCUUUCUGUUCCAUAUGACAUGGGUGGCAUGCUUCCCCGUGAUGCUGCUGUACCACAGCCUAUGCCUAUUACUGCUCUGGCCUCUGCCCUUGCAAAUGCAUCGCCUGAACAACAGAGGACGAUGUUGGGAGAGAACUUGUACCCACUUGUUGAUCAGCUGGAGCAUGAACAUGCGGCCAAAGUUACAGGCAUGCUCUUGGAAAUGGACCAGACUGAGGUUCUGCAUUUGCUUGAAUCACCUGAUGCAUUGAAGGCAAAGGUAGCUGAGGCUAUGGAUGUCUUGAGGAAUGUGGCUAACAGCCCAAACGAUCAACUUGCCUCACUUUCCCUCAAUGACAAUCUUGUUUCUUGAGGGACUAUGGUUGUUUAAAAUGGUAGCAGAUGCAGUCUGCUUAUCUGAAUCGACAUUUUUGAGGGUAAUGGAAUCCUAGGAUGAAUUUGGUUUGGAUAACAUUCUUAAUUUUUGUUUGGAAGACGUUCUGAAUUUUGAAUUUGUGGGAUUCGCUAUGUUAUGGUUUUCACUUUCAGACUUUGUUGGUGUUUCUUUUGUA